GAGGUAACCCACGCACGCCUCUGUUGGCGGGAGGGGUGAUGGGGACGGGGUGGGUGGUUCCCGACGCGUGGGUUUGGGGAGAAGCUCUGAGCACAGAUGCUGGCUGCAUCGCAGGUCGGGCGUGGCGGGUAACGCGGUUUCUGCGGGCGGCGGUGACAGAGCAUGGGAAUGGCUUUGCGCCUGCUCCAAGUCCGUGUUGUCGCUGUCGUCGGCGAACCGGACGGCGCGCCGGCGCUUCGGGGCCGGGCGCGGCGACGGCGGCUGGGCCGGGACGUCGAUCCAGUCGAGCAUCUGCGAGCGCACGUGGACCUUGACCAUGCUCGGCUGCAGCAGGUCGAGGGGGUCUUGCUGGCUGCUGAGGCACGAGAUGACCAGGUUCAGCUGCACGCCCUCGUCCGUCUUGGUCUCGAGGAACAGCUUGACGGCGUGCCGGAAGCUGGAAGCGUCCCGCGUCGACCACGCCGUCCACAGCGCGUCGUGCAGCGCCUGCGAUGCCCUCCGCGUCGCGCCGUACGAGCUGAAGUCGGAUGGGAUGCGCUUGCGCGAUGAUGAGCAGCGGAUGGCUGUCCAUGUGUUGUUGCUGGCGGCGGCGGCGGCGGUGGCGGCGGCGGCGGGCGGUUUUCUGGCUUUGCCUAGUUCGCUUGCCUGCUCGCGCAGGAUCUUCAGGUCGUUGUUGGAGCUGCGCAGGUCGCCGAUCCACUGCCCGAAUUUGUGCUUGUCAAAGGCAAUUUUGACGCCGUCCUUGAGCCGUUUCACGGCGUCUUUUACCCGCUCGCCCUCACGGCGUUCUUCCUCCAGGCAGUCAAAGCACUCGAGCCCCUCCUGCACGUCGGCGAUGGCCUUGCUGAUCUCGUCGACGAUCUCGUUUAGCACGCGGCAGUUGUUAGGGUCGAGGUGCUCCAGCAUGUCCCUCUCGAGGUCAGGGCUGCGCCAUUGGGCGUGGCUCCCACUGUCCACCAUGGCCUGCACCAGAAGCUCAUCGUCGACGACCAGGCGGAGGAUGAGGUGGACUUCGUUGAGGAAGAACUGCCUCUGGCGCUCGAACUUCUUGCGCACGCGGUCAAUCUCGCGGGAAUAGUGCCGAAAGGCCCGCAGCUUGGACUGCGUGGCUUUGUACAGCUUCAGACCCCCGCCCAGGAUGGGCAGCAGGCCGAGAGAGAUGGACACGGGGUCCAUCGGAUGUGCAUCUGAGUUGUGGGUUGUGAGAUUGACUGGUCGUAUCAGGGGAACCGUGAGAGCGCGGCCGUAUCAGGGGAGCCAUGAGAGCGCGGAAUAUUUGCGACUGCUGCCGUCAGGAGACGAGAGGGGGGCUGUGGCCGGGCUUUGGCUUGGCUGCCGGCAUUGGGUUGUGCCU